ACCUCAUCCUAGACCGCCCACCUGCACGCCCUAAUCAGCAUCUACAAUGGAUGAGGAGUACGAUGUCAUCGUCUUAGGAACAGGUCUCACGGAAUGCAUCCUCUCGGGUCUGCUGUCAGUAGAGGGCAAGAAGGUUCUACACAUGGACAGAAAUGACUAUUAUGGCGGAGAAAGCGCCAGUCUGAACCUUACGCAGCUAUACAGGAAGUUUAGACCGGGCCAAGAACCACCGGCUGCGUUGGGUCGCGAUCGAGACUAUGCCAUAGAUCUUAUUCCGAAGUUUAUCAUUGCAUCUGGCGAGCUGACAAAAAUACUCGUCCAUACGGAUGUGACUCGUUACCUUGAGUUCAAGCAGAUCGCAGGAAGCUUCGUCUACCGUGAUGGGAGGAUCUCAAAGGUCCCAAGCACAGAGAUGGAGGCUGUAAGAAGCCCUUUAAUGGGUUUGUUCGAAAAGAGGCGUGCAAAGAAGUUCUUUGAGUUCCUGCAGAACUGGAAGGAUGAAGACCCUGCUACCCAUCAAGGUGUCAACUUGGACAGAGACAGCAUGAAAUCUGUCUAUGAGAAAUUUGGACUCGAGCCGGGUACCCAAGACUUCAUCGGACACGCCAUGGCGCUGUACUUGGAUGACGACUAUAUUAACAAGCCGGCCCGUCCAACUUACGAUCGCAUAAUUCUUUACACUUCCUCUAUGGCACGCUACGGGAAAUCUCCAUACAUCUACCCAUUAUACGGUCUAGGAGAAUUGCCCCAGUCGUUCGCUCGGCUCAGUGCCAUUUACGGAGGCACGUACAUGCUAGACAAGCCUAUCGACGAAAUUGUCACAGAUGCGGAUGGAAAGUUCGUUGGUGCUAGGAGCGGUGAAGAGACCGUCAAGGCAAAGCAGGUAAUUGGGGACCCGAGCUAUUUCGGCGCUGGAGAGACCAAAGAAGGUGGCAAGAUGCGUGUGGUUGAAGAAGGGAAAGUCGUGCGGGCCAUCUGCUUCCUGAAACAUCCUAUUCCUGGUACAGACGACUCAGAUAGCGUGCAAAUCAUCAUUCCACAGAACCAGGUUCACAGAAGGAAUGAUAUCUAUAUUGCUAUGGUUUCUUCGACGCAUAAUGUCUGCGCAAAGGACAUCUAUGUAGCUAUUGUCAGUACGAUAGUCGAGACUGACAAACCGGAGCUCGAAAUCCGCCCCGGACUUGACUUGCUUGGACCUAUUCAUGACAAGUUCGUCUCUAUAACACCCUUGUAUACCCCUACUACGACUGGUACCGAUGACAACAUUUUCAUUACCAAGUCUUAUGACGCGACGUCUCACUUUGAGACUGUCGUCGAUGACGUCCGUGAUGUCUGGAAGAGGGUCAUUGGCUCCGACCUUGUGCUGAAGAAGCGCGAGGUCGAGGUUGAGCAGUGAAGACUCAUCCUUUAGCAUUACUGUUGCGCACUUUAUACAUCUUCCGUGAACGCAUUCUUUUCAGAAACCAG